AUGGAGUUUGUUUAUAGCCCAGCAGAGCCUGAGCCACUCCCACCCGCCUGCAGGUUGGCGCUGUAUGUGUAUGAGUACCUGCUGCACAUCGGUGCCCAGAAGUCAGCACAGACCUUUCUGUCUGAGAUCCGAUGGGAGAAGAACAUCACGCUGGGGGAGCCCCCAGGUUUCCUGCAUUCCUGGUGGUGCGUGUUCUGGGACUUGUACUGCGCAGCGCCUGACCGCAGAGAGGCAUGUGAGCACUCAAGUGAGGCCAAGGCCUUCCAGGACUACAGCGCGGCCGCUGCCCCCAGCCCUGUGAUGGGGGGCAUAGCCCCCAGCGAUGCAAUGGCAGCUGGCCCCAUGGCACCUGGCUUCUUCCAGGGCCCCCUGGGCUCCCAGCUGCCCCCCCACAACCCCAACACCCCCAUGAUGGGGCCUCACACUCAGCCCUUCAUGUCACCCAGGUUCUCAGGGGGCCCCCGGCCCACCCUGCGGAUGCCGAGUCAGCCUCCCGUGGGCCUACCCGGCUCCCUCCCUGGUGCCAUGGACCCCUCCCCGCGUGUUCAGGGGCAUCCGAGCAUGGGCCCGAUGCAGAGGGUGACUCCUCCACGGGGCAUGGCCAGCGUUGGGCCCCAGAGCUAUGGAAGUGGCAUGCGGCCCCCACCCAACUCCCUCGCUGGCCCAGGCCUGCCCACAAUGAACAUGGGCCCCGGAGUGCGCGGCCCAUGGGCCAGCCCCAGUGGCAACUCGAUCCCCUAUUCUGCCUCCUCCCCUGGCAGCUACACGGGACCUCCAGGAGGUGGUGGGCCCCCUGGCACACCCAUCAUGCCCAGCCCUGGAGACUCCACCAACUCCAGCGAGAACAUGUACACCAUCAUGAACCCCAUGGGGCCAGGCGCCGGCAGGGCUAACUUCCCACUGGGCCCAGGCCCCGAGGGCCCGAUGGCAGCCAUGAGCACGCUGGAACCUCACCACGUGAACGGAUCUCUGGGCUCAGGCGACAUGGAUGGGUUGCCGAAGGUGAGGGGCCGCGCUCAGGCAUAGCUGGGGUGUGGGGCGGCCGGGCAGGGGACCCGGGGGCGGUGGUG